UCACCUCACAAUGGAAGCACCGACUGCCCCGCCCACGACGCCGCAGCGAUACGAGCACAAGUAUGCCGACGACGCGGUCGACGUUCUGCUCAUUGGGCUAGGGUCCAUCGGCACCGUGUACGCGUACCUGCUCGAGAAGUCUGGCAAGGUCCGCGUCACGGCCGUCGCGCGCUCAAACUACCCCCUGUACGCCGGCGAGGGCGUCACCAUCGAGUCGCAGCGCUUUGGCACCAUCACAAACUUCAAGCCAUACAGGGUGUUCAAGUCGCAGGCUGAAGCGCUCGCCGACGGCACAAAGUACGCGCUGUGCGUCGUCGCGACCAAGUGCCUGCCGGACAUUACCCCGAACGCCAAGUUGCUCGAGGACAGCAUCAAGUCGGGGCAGGUUGGCGCGUUCGUCCUGAUCCAGGUGGGUGAAGUCGUCGCGCCGGAGUGUGGGGUCAAACUAACGCGUCACCAGAACGGCCUCCGCGUCGAGGAAGACCUGUACGCCGCCGCGCCCUCCAUCCCCAUCGUCUCGUGUAUCGGCUGGAUCGCGAUCAACACCAACACCGCCGGCGACGUCGUCACAUGGAAGGGUGUGGAGAAGACGGGCACGGGUCUGUUCCCUGUCGCGACGGCCGACAAGCCCCACUCAGCCCAGCAGCAGGCGGCGCUCGACCUCUGGGUCAACCUCUUGCAGGCGGGUAACGGCAACGUCGUGUUGACGGACAACAUUGACAGCAUGCGGUUCGGCAAGAACGUCUGGACCGCCACUUGGGCCGGCAUGCAGGGCCUCAUCCGCACCCCCGCGGCCUGCUUUGAGCCUCUCAGCGAGGCCCACCACGCCCAGAUCAAGAAGUACAUGCGAGAGAUCCAGACGCUCGGGUGGAAGACUGGCCUGCUGUACGAGGGCAUGGUGCUGCAGCCCAUGGGCCUCAAAGCCGAGUCGAUCGACCAGCUGAUCGAGUUUGACUUUAGCCGCUUUGUCACAGAGGCCGGGCGCACCACCGCCGUGGCGCACAAGUGGUCGCUCCUCCUCGACGUGGAGAACAACCGGCCGUUCGAGGUCGAGGUCAUCUUUGGCUCGAUGGUCCGCCUCGCACGUCAGCACGGCAUCGAGACCCCGCUCAUCGACUUUGUGUACACGCUGCUGAGCGGGCUGCAGAGCAGCAUUGUCAGGUCGCGCAACCCGCCCGCAGAGGACAGCAAGCCGGUCAAGGACUUUCCGUAGCAUGCGAAGCAGGAUGUGAAGUAGUGCAUGUGGUCGUCAUGUGGUCGCGUGCGUGGAGUGGACGUGGUGGUGGUCUCUGGCGUGGUCCCAUGCCGCAUGUCGCACUCGGCAGUGUGCUAGCG